UACGCGACUCGUUUACUGUUAUUUAUGUUGAAAACAUAAAACAGGUACGGAUGCGUUAAUUACUGAAAAUUUUCUGAAACUUUACUGAGGGCUCGCAGGAUUUUUAAUAACGGAUUAUUGAAUUUACUAGUGGAUACGCGAGUGAAAUAUGAACAAUCUGGUCGAGGCAACAGGAGGGUGGAACUGAGGCGUAUGGGCGGUAACGGAUGACCGAGCGAUGGCUAAAGCUGGCGCUUGCCGGCGCGAGUCGCGCUUGUUGGAUCACUCUCGCGCUGUCGGCCGCCGGCCUCGCACGGACGCCCGCCCGCACACCGCUAGUACCUCCGCACGUACGUAAACUUUGUCGAAGUUCCGAACUGGGAAAGUGCGCAGUGCCCCGGACCAAAUUGGAUGCAAUUUGUGCAAUUUAUUUAUAUAGUGCUGUGUCGUAGAAUAAUUUCUGUGCAUGCUAAAAGUUUGGGUUAACUGUUUAUCGUUGAAUAGUUUUGGAUAUUGCACUGCUUGCUCUGCAAUGGAUGCAUUUUAAUCAUUUUAUGGGGUGUGAAGGAUGAGGGUGUCGCGCGGUGGGCCGGCUUGCUCCUGCGACUGUCAGCUGCAGUGAACACGGCCGCACCAUGAUACCGGCGCUCGCGCAUCCCAUUCUGCUUGUCCUUGUGACUAUGCUGCUCACAAGAGAGUAUGGAGUCACAAGCCUGGAGUUGUUGGAGCUGCGCGUGCCAGCGCACGUGGCGCUGGGCACGCGCGCGUCGCUGUCAUGCCGCUGGGCGCUGGGCCCCGCCGACGUGCUGUACUCCGUCAAGUGGUACAAGGAUGGGCGCGAGUUCUUCCGGCACGUGCCGCGCGACCACGAGCCGCGCAGGAAGUUCCCGCUGCCAGGAGUUGAUGUCGAGAAAUCAAGUCCAAACGGCGCGAACGUGACGCUGUACCCGGCGGUGCUGGAAACGGGGGGCCGGUACCGGUGCGAGGUGUCGGGCGAGCGACCACUCUUCCCCACCGUCUCGGACCACGCCGACAUGGUCAUCGUCGCGCUACCGGACCACGGGCCAACUAUCACUGGGUCUCGUCUCCGGUACCAGAUCGGGGACCGGGUCCAGGUGAACUGCUCGUCUGGGCGGUCGCGGCCGGCCACGCGCCUCGCCUGGUACAUUAACGGCGAGCCGGCGCCCCCGCCCGCGCUGCUGCCCGCCACGCAUGAGAAGCAUGAAGACGGACUGGAGACCACCAGUCUAGCGCUCGACUUCAAAGUCAAGCCGAAGCAUUUUAGGAAAGGAGAUCUCAAACUUAAGUGUCUCGCAACAAUAGCAACGGUGUACUGGCGAAGUAACGAAGAAAGUGUUCAAGGUGAAAAACUGAAGGGGUACUCGAGGUCACGUGAGCUGGCGGAAGGUGCAUCGAGAGCGGACCGCGUACAGGCCGCGGGCAAGCCGGGCGCCGCCACCGCGCCUGUGCUUGCGCAAUACGCUAUCCUCGCAGCCGCGCUCCUGCACUUAGUACUAAACGAAUCGUAAACAAACAUUUGAAAAAUGAAACGUUGCGAAAAAGACUAAAUUAAGUGAAAAGUUUACCGAAACGAAGUGAGGAAAACGUGCUGAAACUUUCUGAAUAAAAAGCUUAAUUCAAUACGACAGUUACUAGGCUUAAGCAAAUGUAUCCAAAAUCUUGCAUGUCUGAUAAUUGUAAGAAAUGUUAUUAGGAUGAACAUCAACAAUCAUAGUAUCGGUUUUGUGAUGUAUUGUGUGCCAUCAACUAUCGUUAUUUACCAGCUGUAUUUAGUUUCACCUCAUGUUAUUUCCAAAGAUUAUUCCGAUAACCAAAGUACGGCAUUUAUGUGUGUUAUCAGUGUAUGUUACAAAUAUAUUAAGAAACGCGAGUUUUCACAUAUUGUCAUUCCAUUUUAAGGUGAUAAACUGUUUUAUUGUAUAUAGUAUGUCGUAAUCUAAUGUUAACAUAUCACAAUCAUUGACUAACUUUACUUUUAAGGAUCGAUUUAACUUUGUAUAGCCACGCAUUAACUCUGUAUACGCUGAGUGAGGCUCUCACAAAACAAAACUGAGAACAAAUAAUGAAAAAGGUCAGCUUCGUGAAUAUAAAAACGAACCAAAUCUAUUGUCUGUUCAGUAUACCUGUGUAUAUCGUAUGAUUUUUGUAAAGCUUACUUUGUAGUCAUAUUUUAGAUAAAAUUAUUUAUUAUAUUUACUUAUUCGAUUUCUGACUAUCAAACAUUGUCGUUUAUAACUCCAGAUAGAUUAUUUCUUACAAACUGGACGUUGCUAAGGGCACUACAAAACUGUCUACAACGAUAGCUGAGAUAGUCCUCAUCCCAUAAAACAUAUGGCUUGACAAAUACAUGGCACAUACAGUAAAUUGUAGCAAUCAUCGAAUGCGCCAAACGCACGUGUAUUUUAUGUCACUAAAGGUGGCAUCCAUCGUGAAAUGGGGCGCAGUAUGUUCAACGGGAGUUACUUUUAUUUUAACAUUUGCAGUUAUUUAUAACAACAUCAAAUGCGUUAGAUUGUCUGACGCGUGCAGUGCGAACACGUGUUGCUACACUUAUUUUAUUUUUCUUAAUUUGUCUGAAAGUUAAAGAUUGAUUAACAAAAUUGUCUGGUCUUACGUUUUAACGCAAACAUCUAAAUAAAUUAUAUGAAAUAAUAAAAUAAAAUAUUCGAUGACA